GAGCAACUCGGUUGGAAACAGAGCGUGUUUGUUAAUGUCGUAGCUAGUGGGAACCACUUGUCUUUUUCUUUCGGUCUCACUUUAAUUUUUCGAGUGGAAUAGUUGAAACCAUUAGAGCGUUCUAUCUGUGUACCUGUUACUCCAGAUUUUACUAGGUACAAUUCUGUUAUUGAUUUGAAAAGCAUGCUUUGUUUCAAAGUCAAAACGUUAUUUUUUCCCGUUUGGAACAAAAGAAAGUAGACUUGGUGGCCGAAUGGAAAGUCUAGUAUCAGUCUCCUACCGAGUGACCAAUCAAGCUAUAGGCUAGUGGCGAAUCUUUAAUAUAAAAUAAAUAAAAUGAAUAAACUGGUUAAGUUUCUCUUUACGGUAAAUCGUACGCAUUGCAUUGCGGGGAGGCAAUUCUUCAUUUGGACUGGGAAAAAAAGAAGAAAUUAAUUUUAAGCCAGGAUUGGUGAACCUCGUGAAUGAAACGCAAAACUCUAAUCACUUAAUUAUUGUAUGAUGAGUUGGUGUCAAAUCGUCACAUUCAAAAUAAAGAUAAUUGAUCGCCAUAUCCUACUUGUGAGUCUAUGAAAAUCUGAUGUUAAGUCAUGUCAAGAGAAAAUGAGGGUCCCCUCAUUUCACAUGCAUUUUUCAUGAACAGAUUCUUGUAAUUUUACCAUGAGGAUCGUGAUGAUGAUCAGUUUUCUUAUCUGUCAAGCUGCUUUGAGUCUCACAAGGGCUGCAGGUUUGUACAAGCUAAGUUUAGCCUGCGUAGCAAGCGUUUCCGUGGGGCUGGGGAGCAAAGAAAGACCGAGGAACGGGAUUUUGGCCCUCGCCCCAUUUUUCGCGCAGGUAAAACGCCGAAAAUCCCGUUCCUCGGUGUUUCUUUGCUCCCCAACCCCACGGGAACGCUUGCUGCGCAGGCUAAGCUGAGCCAUCCACAGGAUACUGAUUUCUUUUAGGAGGGGACUCCCAUAUGAAGAGGUCGGUGAUCCUCGAAGUAUCGCUUAGAGGUGUAAACCACGGAUUUUGGCCUCACUGAGGGUGUUGAUGACGAAACGCCAAUAUUUUAAAAAAAUAAUUAAAAAACGCUGUCAUUUCCAUUUCAAGUGGUAUCUUUUAGAGGUCAAAUAAAACUAGAGCCACGCCUAGAUUGGUCUCCAUUAGGGGAUUCAUUCAAAUUCUCCGACCAGCAUUCCCGACUUUUGCACAUGGGAGUCCCCCCGGAUUUACCCACGAUGAAUAGCUUUAUCCAUCCUUUUAACAACCGCGGCCUAAAUAUUAAUUUCCUAUACUUCACCUUAUUACAUGCCUUCCCUUUUAUGCACCUCCAUGUGGCAGUGGCGUAUAUACCUAAUUAUCGUAAAAUUGUUUUGUUUUUUGUUGCAGAUGAUGGCAAUGAAUAUCAAAUGACACGAGCGUCGAAAAAGUCAAUUGAACUACAAACUGCUUAUGUUUACCGUAAAAACAUGCCAAGAAGACAUCACUAUUCUGUGAUCUUAGGCAGCAGUGGUAAGACAAUUCUUGGACCUCUUGUUCCAGAGUCUGGAGAGGAACAAAUCCACAGAGUGCAAGGGUUUGUCCUCAAACCGGACACCAUCAAACUAGGUAACCCCACCGAGUUUGCUGGAACAGCUCUGAACACUCACAACCGUUAUCGUAUGUAUCACCACGAUCCACCGCUAAGGUGGUCUGAUAAGCUGUCAUCGCAGGCAAAUAAAAUAGCGUAUCAAAUGGUGAAACAGUUCAGCAAACAAAGCUCAAAGAGAUUUGAGGUCACGGAAGAGGAGAGCGUGGGGGAGAAUGUAGAGCGGUUCCUAGGCGUGAAGUUUGGUUGCGACUCGGCCGCGGCUAUGAAAGCAACCGAUAAUUGGUAUAAGCAAAGCAAAAACUACAGUUAUAACUAUCCUCAUAUUCAGGAUGGAACAAAUUCCUUCACACAGUUGGUGUGGAAGGGGUCGCGGUUUUUUGGUAUGGGUUGCGCUCUGCGCAAAGGUCUGCUGGCCAACGACGUGUUUGUAGUGGCUCUCUACAGUCCCCCUGGUAAUGUAGGCGACGGGGUAUCGGUUAAUGUUUUGAGGCCUGGACUCAAGGAACCGGCAAAGCCCGACGUGUACUCCAAUAUAUUCAGAAGAAACAAGGUCACGUUAACUGAGAAUGAAAAGGGCAGUUAUAUUAAAAUGAAAAGGGCAGUUAUUUGAGACAGGUUAGCGUUACUAUGAUAAACUGUGGACACGUUUUAAUUGAAGUUCAGCACGUAAACCAUAGCCUGAGAGCAGGCUCACCUUUGAGUCACACGCGCGAGCGGCCAAGAACUAAGCGAUCGUGCGCGGUGGAGUCUGGUGAAGAGGCGCAGGAAACUCUCUCUUCUUACGGCUUCGCCGCACGCGCUUGUGCUCCAACGUGAGCCUGCUUGCAAGCUACGAAAACCAUAGCUAGGAUUAAUUUAAUUUUUAUAUUGUUAAUAUAAUUCGACUGAUACCUAAGUAUACUGAUUGCAGUUGCCGCUUCCCUUAAUAACUUCACAUAUCUCAGCAUCCUGCAGCUUCUUGUCAUCUUGCCAAAGGGCCGCAGAACUCCAAUCAAAACCAAAACAAUGGACAAAAUUCAAAGCCGCAAGGAAUUAUAGAGCGUUUUCACUCACGUGAC